AUGAGGACCUCGUACAAGACAGUCUUAGCUGUACUUCCACUCUACGCCACUACGACCAUCGCGGAUCGAUAUGCCAGCAACAUACGACCGGUAAUUGUCGAUUCACCACAAGUGGCGGCCAACUUUCCCAACGUCGAUGGCAUUCAAUUAUUGUCACCGGCUUUCAUAAAUCCGGAGAACGUACCAGCGACGUUUGCGAACGGCACCUCCGGACCAACUCCACAGCGUGAUCUGGAAACCUUCGUGAAAGGCCUCACCCAGCGAAUCGGAUGGAUCACCUACAAUAGCGACCUAAGAUCCGAGGAAGAUCGCGCGAUACCGUACGUUACAUUGACAAAUGGCAAGAACAGCAGUAAGAAACUUCGCGUCUGGAUCCAAGGAGGCCAGCAUGGAAACGAGCCCGCAGGAGAUGAGGGCGUGCUUGCACUGCUCGGAAAGUUUGCGCAAGACUCCCAGUGGAGCGCGAAGAUCCUAGAAAAGAUUGACCUUGUGAUUCUCCCACGCUACAACGUUGACGGCGUCGAAUAUCUACAGCGACAACUGGCUUCCAACUACGAUCCCAACCGCGAUCAUGCAGUGCUCGAGCGACAGCAGACACGAGCUAUUCGAAAGCUGCAGUCUGAGUUCGAUCCACACAUCUUCAUCGAUGACCACGAGUAUACAGGCGGCAACUUGGUAGCCGAAAAGUAUAUCCGCGCACAGGAUCUCUUAGUGUCCGCCAACAAGAACCAGAACGUCAAUCCUAGCAUCCGAGCGUUGAACCAGGAAUUCGUCGACGACAUUUUCUCAGUUGCCGGGAGCAAAGAACUCAGGAUCUUCCCGUACUUCACCACGAGUGUCGCAAAUGGCACGAUAACGAUAGAAGAGCCUGAUGCGCUUGCUGCGGCAAAUCAUAAGGGUGCUGGUAAUUACCAAGCCCUGACUUUCCUUGUCGAGACGCGUGGUAUUGCUAUUGCGGAUCAGCACUUCCAGCGACGCGUAGCUUCGCAUGUUAUCGUUCUGGAGACUAUCCUUAAUAAAGCAGUGGAUGAGUUUGACGACAUAUACAACACCAUCGAAGCCGGACGCAAAGCGUUCAUCGAGAGCAAAGACGACAUCGUCGUGACUUACGAGCAGCGCACCACCAACAAGACAGUCCCCUUCAUCGACGCAUCAACCGGCUCACUCGUCAACGUCCCAGUCCGUUCCCGAAACAGUGAUCCUUCCAUCGUCACCCUCUCCCGCCCCCGACCAAAAGCCUACGUCUUCUCGCGCGCGUGGGCAGACGUAGCCGAGCGUCUCCGUAUCCUCGGUGUCACCGUCGACGUCCUGGAGGAAGACUUUGUCGGUACUGUCGAAGCGCUUGUAGUAACAAAGGCUGAGCUCGCUGAAACCAAAUUCGAGGGCAUUGCGGGUACAACAGUCACGACGAAUGCGACGCAGCGCGCUGUUACUAUACCCGCUGGCGGCUUCUACGUUGACACUAAGCAGAAGAACGCUGGGUAUGCGUUUACGCUAUUGGAGCCAGAGGGGGAGGCGAGUCAGGUGUAUUACAACAAGAUUCCGCUGGAGGUCGGGGAUGAAUAUCCCGUAUUCAGGGUUCAGUAG